AUGUCCAAGUCCGGGAACCUGGCCGCUUUGCCGGCCAUCCUGAACCCUUCUGAGUCGCCCACGAUCUACUAUGCUGAAGACCCUCCUUACCUACCUCGCAUCCUCGUCUUCUACUAUCCCGUCCAGUCUGUGGGUUCUCUGGCCUCGACCUCCCGUAUUCGAACCACCAUCCUCAGCGCUGCCGGUUUCAAGAGCUAUGGCGCUUUUUCAGUGGCCCCCAAUAGCAGCUACUACGCCGCCGUCCAUAAGUUGCCAGAAGACAAACAGCGAGACGAUGUUUCUCGAGGACUCGCGUUCGCCCUCUGCAGAUACUUCUCCGAGGUGCCCACGGAGGUCAAGAACGCCAUAGCGGACGAGAACUUACAUCACGGCAUUGCGCUGAAAUGGGGUCAAACCCAUGCCGCCCAGGUGACCUGUCGAAUGAGCAAAGUCACAAACCCAGACGAGAUCGUCGAAGCCCUCCGUCCAUUCUCCAAAGAACGUCCCCCGAGCCCCCAGUCGCCGAUAAAGCCACUUGCUUCGAUCAGGAAGACAAGGCCGUCGUUUCUCCCUCAAGAAUCUGGAAACCACGGAACAUCUCGCGCGCCACAUGCGUUCACCCCCUCGAAGCGCAUUCCUAGUAUGCAAGGGAAACGGUCGCCGUCUGCGUCGACACCGACGAAUCGCAAGGCCAGUACGCCGAUAGCCCCGAGAUACUCGUUGGAGCAGCUUGAGUCAUUACGAUUCAAAAUGUGUGAGUUCGUGGAUACGGAGGACCGAUAUAUCACCCGCCUACAAAGCCUGAUAGAGCUGGUCACUGACCAAGGCCGCACGCCCAAGUCGCUGAGCUCUAAAUUCACCGGCUCACGCAAUCCUAAGGCUGUCAGUGCCAUGAUCCGGUUUCCGUCACUACUGGACCAAAUCAGAGACCUGAACCUGGCCUUCUUGGACGAUAUUGAAACAGCGCUUCAAGCUUCCGAGGAGACUGCUCUGUCUUUUCUUGAGUCUGCCCAGCAAGACCCUCGGCUGCUCCAGACGGCCAAAGACCCCAUGGGCAUCUACGGCUUUGCCAAGGUUCUGCUGAAUCACUUUCCCAAGUUUCCGAUGCCAUACCGAGAAUACCUCGACCUCCAUUCCCAAGUCGCCUCCAACCUCGACCAAUUCCUUAAAGAGGGCACCACGUCGAUCCAACAAGCACCGUCCUUGCUUAUGGAGCCAGCACAGCGUAUCUCGCGGUACGGCCUGUACAUCGACACCAUGCUUCCACACGUACCAAGCAACUUCACCGUGGCCAUCCGCACGCUCGAGAAAGCUCGCAAGAUCAUUGCCGAGAUCUGUGAGAUGGAGCCUGCCGCCUCGACCAUCCUCGACUCGUUGCGUAUCGAGCACGAAACGCGGAAGAAAGGUCUAUCCCCGACCAAGCUUCUCUCAGGCUUGACGCGGUCCAACGGGACAUUGAGAGAAGCACCAUCUAUGACGGGCAGUAUCAGAGAUCGUGACGGACCUCGUCUCUUCCCCAGUCUCGGCAAGAGUCUUAGCCGGCGACACAAGAGCCCCAGACCCGGUCUGGCAGGUAUUCUCUCCGAACAGGAUCCCGAACAAGUCAGCAACAUGUACAGCACCAGCGGCGGACAGGCCCGCACCGACGAGAACAGACCCCUCACCUCCAGCUCCGGCUUGUCCUUUGGCUCUCUGCAUGGUCGAAGACCGCCGACCUCCGGAUCCACCACCACGAACCGCUCAGCUCCCAGUCCCAGUCCCAAAGCUCCACUCCUCAGACCCGCCAGUAAGACCGGCAGGGGAGUGUCUCCUGGAGCCGGUGCAGAGCACUACCGGGCCGAACUGUUGCGCGUCGAAGAGGAGAAUUACAAGUUACUUCAGGAAAAUGCGGAGUUGAAACGACUGAUCCGGGAGUGUAAAUGUGGUGGUGCACAGAGGCGGUGA